GGCCACCCAUCCAUAUUUCGGCACUGAGGAACGCACUCGAAAGCCUUAGGUGACCUCGUUCCUGUGUUGGUAUCUUAGCCUAUGCAUUCAAGGAGGGACGAACUGAUUAUUAUUUCUAUCUUGCGUAUUCUUCUCCUUUGGCUCAACUUCUCUUGCUUCUCUCUCAUAUACGAAAUUUCCACUACACGUAAUCUUGAAGAUCCCCAGUCUCGAGGCAAGGCUAGCUUUUCUUAAGUCGGCGUAAAUUACACGCGAAUUUUGGAUAUUGUUGCGCCGAGUAAGUUGGAUAAGCUACAACUGGGUUAUAUAUAUACAUAUAUAUUCAUAGGUGGAUUUAGAACGAGGACGUCGUGAUGGUUUACUCAAGAUUCUCCCGGCUACUUGUGGUCGUCUUCGGCUUGGCACCGUUAUCCCUUGCCGCUUUCCAGGAAGUCAGCAAUGACCAAUGCAAUUGCUUUCUCACAAACGGAAGCAGAGCAGACUUCUUCACGACCCAUAAAUUCUUUGACUACCGGGAGAAAACCAAAUAUGCUUCCGUGCCGAGCCUCAUCGAUGAUCCCGAUGAUAGCAGUGACGCCGGCCCGGUCAACGACUACUUCUAUUCCAAGGAGUGGGCUGAUAGUUGGUCGAUACAAAAUUGGACCAACGUAGGCUCGUUCCCUAGCAACGUGAGCGACGCGACGGCGUUAAUGGUCAAUUCGCGCAAUAACGUCUAUUUUGAAAAGAACAACGAUGAGAAUGCCGACUCGAGCACGUUCCUAACAAUGAGGACGGCACGGUUGGAUAAUUUUCAGACGGCGUCUGAGUUUGAGUCAACAAUUGAAAACUAUCACUACCUAUCGGUUAGAAUGUACGCCAGGACGAUUGGCGCGCCUGGUGCAAUCACCGCAAUAUUUACUUACAAAGAAAUCGCCAACAAUAGCGAUCUUGCAACAGUCCAAGAGUCAGAUUUGGAAAUCAGAACAAUUGAUCCUUCCAAUCGCAUCCAAUAUACAAACCAGCCAUCCUACUCCGCCAUGGGCCCAGAUGUCCAGGAAACAACUAAGAACGUUACGAUUCCACAGGAGAGAGACUGGACAAACUGGGCAGUCUAUCGAAUGGAUUGGAGCCCCGAAGCUACCACUUGGUACAUCAACGGUGAUGAGGUCGCCUCGAUUUCCUUCCAGACGCCCCGCGAUCCGAGCCUUCUCGUCCUCAAUGCAUGGUCAGAUGGCGGAUCCUGGUCAGGAAACAUGAGCGUAGGCGAGGCGGCCUACCUUCAGAUCCAAUGGAUCGACAUCGUCUACAACAUAACCGACUCUUCGGAUUCGAACGACACAACCGACUCUCAGAACUCGAAGAGAGACGAGCAAUCCUGCAUCAACAUCUGCAGCAUCGACGAGACGGAUAAGAUAGGCACCCAGGUAUUACUGACAGGCGGCGCUUCGAGCAUCCUAGGCAACAUGGGAAGCUACGCCGGCAUCAUCUCCUGGGUCUGUGUAUUGUCUAUGGUUACGACCUUCUGAUAGAUGGGGAGGUGUAGUUGGUGGGGUAUAUGGAAUAGGGG